AUGGGCCUCGCAACACCACUCCGCCGCCUGCCGCUGCAGCGUGCACUGGCUACACUCCGCGCGUCCGAGGGAUCGCAUAAGCUCUCGACAGAGGUUGCGGGGAUCGCAGUCACGUUCCGUCCCGACGGCAAGAAUGAGCCGGGGCCGAUCAACUUCCUGUCGCGCUGGGCGCCGCGGAUAGCAUACGCCAACCCGACGCUCCCGUUCCUCGUCAACCGUAUCCCCAUGCCCUUCAAGCCGUCGAGGAGCGAGUACAAGCCCAACGUGGAUCCGAACGCCCCAACUACCGAAGAGGAGAUCACGCGCCGCGCAGAGGCGGAGGCACAGGUGCCCAGCUUGACGGUUUCGUUCCACUCCAAGCCGUCCCAGACGUUCGAGCUCAACGCCCUCACUGCGCCGCAGAUCUGGGCCCGCGUCGCCGAUCUCGCUGGUGCCCCCAAGCCCCAGCCCCAGGCCGAGGCCGAUGCCGAACCCCAGCCCCAAGCCCAGCCCCAGUCCGCAUAA